AUGCGGUCCAACUCCAUCUCCGUGGCAGCGGAGCUUCUCCUGCUCGCCGGCGUCGUCUCUGCCAGCACUCCUCAAGACACAAGCCCUCCCAAGGCCCCCGUUGGAGCCAGCGUCCUCGCCACGGGCAGUGGUCCCACGUAUGGCACCUUCCAGCAGCUCAUCGACCACGAUCACCCCGAGCUGGGCACCUUUUCCCAGCGAUUUGUCUACAAUGGUGACUACUACAAGGGCCCCGGCUCGCCAAUCAUCCUCGUCGGACCCAACGAGUCUGCUGUGGACGGUUACGAGGGAUACACGACCAAUGCCACUCUCCCCGGCACCUAUGCGCAAGCAGUCGGCGGCGGAGCCAUCAUCAUCGAGCACCGCUACUGGGGCCAGAGCUCGCCGUAUCAGUCCCUCGAUACGGAAAACAUGACAUACCUCACGCUGGACCAGUCCAUCCAGGAUCUCACCUAUUUUGCCAAGAACGUCGUGCUGCCGUUUGACCAGAACCGCACCAGCACGCCCGACAAGGCGCCCUGGGUCCUCAGCGGCUGCUCCUACAGCGGUGCUCUGACAGCAUGGGUGCAAGAUAUCGCUCCGGGAACAUUCUGGGCCUACAGCGCCUCCAGCCCCGUCGUCGAGGCCAUUGGCCCUCUGUGGCAGUACUUUGAGCAAGUCAAGCUGGCCAUGCCGAAGAACUGCACGUCAGACUAUGUCAAGAUCGUUGACCACGUCGACAGCAUUCUGCUGGGCAACGAUAAGAAGGCCAAGGCCGAUCUGAGAAGCUUGUUCAAGCUGGAGGGUGUUGAGUACGACGAUGAUUUUGCCGCUGCGCUGGUCAACGGGUUGUAUACCUGGCAGAGUGUGCUUUUCUCGAAUGGCUUCAGCGCCACGAACCAGAUGUGCGACUAUGUCGAGAACAAGUGGCCUAACAGCACCAGCCCGACUCCUGGUGCUCAGGGUGUUGGUCUGACAAAAGCCCUGGCUGGAUAUGCCAAGUGGUUCACCGAACUCAGCCUGCCAAACACUUGCGCUUCUUACGGAUACUGGAAAGGCGAGUUCGAUGUCGACUGCUACAACACGCACAACGCCUCCAGCCCCUUAUUCACAGAUCUCACCCCCGGCAACUCUGCCAACCGCCAAUGGAACUGGUUCCUCUGCAACGAGCCCUUCAAGUGGUGGCAGGUCCGCGGCGAGGGCAACCUCGUCUCCCGCCUCGUCACACAAGCCUACUUCGAGCGCCAAUGCGGCCUCUUCUUCCCCAAGGAAGACGGCCACACCUACGGCAUCGCCGAGGGCAAGACCACGGCCGACGUCAACAAGGUCACCGGCGGUUGGUUCAACGUCAACACGCACCGCCUGCAAUGGGCUGCCGGCGAGUUCGACCCCUGGAGGCCCGCAACGGUGAUGGCGACGACUCGUCCCGGCGGCCAGCUGCAGUCGACUGCGGCCCAUCCCGUGCGCGUGAUUCCCGGCGCAGCGCACUGUGGCGACCAGUUGACGCGUAAUGCGAAAGCGAAUGGCGCGCUGGCAACGAUUUUUGCUGCGGAGGUGGCGACCAUCAAGCAGUGGGUGCAGGAGUUUUAUGCUGAGAAGGGAGGAAAGAAUCACUAUUAA